AUGCUACGCCAGAUACUGGAGAAAGGAAGAGAUACCGGAGAUGGACGAAUGGGAAACGAAGCUUAUGGAGGUGAACCUCUGAAAUGUGAAACAUGUAACCAGGAUGGCUAUACGUGUAGAGGACCGCAUUGGCCCUGUGACGAUCACUUCAAAACCUGUGUUGUAGUAUUAGUUGAACACACACAUUAUGGAAAACCUCAACUGAGAACAGUAAAAACCUGCGAGCACACACGUUUGUGCAACAGGAGUAUGAGUUAUCUGAAUAUGGGUCAAGGGAGAUAUGAACGGUCAAGUAUCGUCUGUUGUAUAGGGGAGGCCUGCAAGACUGCUGUUCCCCGAUUCCAACCAGAGCUCAUCAAACCCAAUGGGAAGUCCUGCCCGGCCUGCUUUGCCCCCAACACUACUGGGUGUGGAUCCGCCAGAGUAGAUUGUUCUGGAAACGAGGACUUCUGCUUGAAUACAAUGCAAAGAAUUUCAGUAGGUAAUACCAAAUUUUAA